AUGGCCGUGGCGCAGGCCCCCAAGCGCGAGAAGAGCAAACGACUGGUCGAAGCGCAAAAGACCUACGGGCGAGGCAAACCCAUCAAUGUACAGAGCGUACGGGACCGGAAACUACGAAGCAACCUCAAGGCUGUGGAAGCGAAGUUCAAGGAAGCCGCUCUCAAGGCGAAGGAUGCGGAGAUCCUGCUCGAGCAUGAGGCGGGUUUCCUCGAGCCUGAGGGCGAACUGGAGAGAACAUACAAGGUGCGACAGGAUGAGAUCCGGGAGAAUGUCGGAAUCGAGACGGCGAAGAAGGGAUUCGAGUUGAAGCUGGAGGAUAUGGGACCGUACCGCGCGGACUACACGAGAAACGGCCGCGAACUGCUGUUGGCUGGACGGAAAGGGCACGUUGCGACGAUGGACUGGCGGAGUGGCCGAUUGGGCUGUGAGCUUCAGCUGGGAGAGACAGUCCGCGAUGCUCGGUGGUUACACAACAAUCAGUACUUUGCGGUGGCUCAGAGAAAGCACGUCUACAUCUACGACCACAGCGGCGUGGAGCUGCAUUGUCUCAACAAAUACAUCGAGCCCCUCUUCCUCGAGUUUCUUCCGUACCACUUCCUCCUCGCUGGCGCUCAAAUGAGCGGCCACCUCAAGUAUACCGACACAUCCACCGGCCAAAUGGUGGCAGAACUGCCCACGCGGCUCGGAGCCCCGACUUCGCUUUGCCAGAACCCAUGGAACGCCAUCGUACACGUCGGUCACCAGAACGGAACCGUGACACUGUGGUCUCCCAACUCGCAAACCAACCUCGUCAAAGCGCUGGUCCACCGGGGCCCUGUUCGCUCGCUCGCUGUUGAUCGGCAAGGCCGGUAUAUGGUCUCCACGGGCCAGGAUCAGAAGAUGUGUGUGUGGGAUAUUCGGAUGUUCCGGGAAGUGCACUCGUAUUCGUGCUACCAGCCCGGUUCGUCGGUCGCGAUCAGUGACCGCGGUCUCACAGCCGUCGGCUGGGGCACGCAGGUCAGCGUGUGGCGCGGUCUCUUCGACGCCGCAUCCGCAGACCAGGGCAAGGUGCAGAGCCCGUACAUGGCGUGGGGCGGAGACGGGCAGCGCAUCGAGAACAUGCGGUGGUGUCCCCUGGAAGACGUGCUGGGAGUCACGCACGACAAGGGCUUCGCGAGCAUCCUGGUCCCCGGCGCGGGCGAGCCCAACUUCGACGCGCUGGAGGCCAACCCCUACGAGAACACGAAGCAGCGGCAGGAGGCCGAGGUGCGCGGCCUGCUGAACAAGCUGCAGCCGGAGAUGAUCUCGCUGGACCCCAGCUUCAUCGGCAAGCUGGACACGAUCAGCGACAAGAAAAACCGCGAGGAGAAGGAUCUGGACCGCCGGCCGGAGGACCCGCUCGAGAAGCUCAAGAACCGCGGCCGCGGCCGCAACAGCGCCCUGCGCAAGUACCUCCGCAAGAAGGGCCGGCGCAACGUCAUCGACGACAAGCGCGUCAAGGCCGAGAUGCUGCGCAAGGAGCACGCCGCGCGCGCGAAGGAGAAGCUGCGUGCCGAGCGAGAGGAUCUGGGUCCUGCGCUGGGCCGGUUCGCCAAGAAGGCGAUCUGA